GCCAUAAAUUUGACAAUAUUUUACAGUAAAAUUACAAAUAGUGCAAUGUUAAACCAUUAACGUUUUUUUCAUAAGCUUACUUAAGAAGGUUAAACAAUGACCAGCAUUUUUGCAGUGAUUUUCUGUAGAAGUUACAAACUGUUCUUGCUUUAUAGGUAGUCUAUUAUUAUGAAAUAGUUUUGGUAUCAGGUAUAGUUCCUUCUUUUAUGGCAGGAAGUAACAGGUGAAACUGUGUGUGUUAGCAAUGUCACACUGUCAAAUAAAUGAUGUUAGAAAGUGUUUAAAUUACUGAUGGAACAGUGAGAGACAGUAGGAUUGCCAAGGCCUUGUGGAAACAUGCUGAGGGGAGCGAUGAGGAUGUUGGACUGUGGCCCACAGCUGAAUGAUGUCAUGAGUUUCCAGUUCCUCAUUAGGAUUAGUCAGCAAUGAAGAGUGAGAGACAGACCGAGAGAGAGAGAGAGGGAAAUGAAGGGAGAGGCUGAAGGUUAGGAAGGUAUAGAGAGAGAGAGAGAGAGGCGGUGCUCAGCAGCUCUACUAUAAGCAGCAGCAGAUAAACCUGCACGUAAAGCCGUGACCUCGCAGCACUGCUGAUCGAUUGCUAGAAACUUCUGCUGGCACGUUCCUUGGAGGAAUUGCAUGCAAUUUGCACUUCAUUACAGAGUCUCUUAUUCUUCUGAAACUGAAUUAUGCAUCUUAAGACUACAAAGUGCAAUAUCUUCUGCCUGGUUGCUACACCGGUGGACCAUGAGAUAUUCAGUCGGCCACAGAUUCGGGAGCAGUUUGAAGCUUUGUUCCGUGCAUUUGAUCCCAGCACGUCGUUCCAGUUCUUCAAAAGCUUCAGACGGGUUCGGAUCAACUUCACCGAUGCGCUGGCGGCAGCCGAGGCCCGAGUCAAACUCCAUAAGAGUGACUUCAAUGGAAAGGAGAUGCGUCUGUAUUUCGCUCAGUCAGUACAUAUCGGCAGUCCUCGUCUUGAGCCUCCUAAACCAGAGAAGCAGUUCCUCAUCUCUCCUCCAGCGUCGCCCCCUGUAGGCUGGGCGCAGUCGCAGGACGCUAGGCCCGGCAUCAACUAUGACCUGCUGCGUGCUGUGUCUAAACUUGGACCAGGAGAACAAUACGAGCUCCACACUGGAACCACCAACACACCCAGUGUGAUCGUACAUGUCUGUGAGGACGACAGCUCCGACAGCGAAGACGAGACCGGAGAGGGCGGCAUACGUGCACGACCCAAGAUCAUCCAGACCCGCCGCCCAGACUACGUCCCGUCCGUCAACCAGUGAGCGGCUGAUUCUGGGCCGUUUCAUCUUUACAACCAACACUGGAAUAACUAGGAAGCAUGCGGUCAUGCAGUUCGUCAUCCUCACCACCGGGGAGGCUGGCGAGCAUCAGAUCCUCUUCCUAGUUAGCGAGGGAGUCGACCAUCCUCAUAUCUCGCCUUUCAUUUCUUAACAUCCAUCUCUGAUGGAGUCAGGGACUUUGAGGACUUGGGAGAGUUUCUCUCAUCUUACGAAUGUCAUUAUUUGCUUGACGUCACAACUGUGUAUUUUAAUAAUCAGAGGGAAAAGCGGCGGUAAAACCUGAAGGAGUUUUCGUUUAGCACAAACAAACUGAACAUCGUGUCUGAGGUGUGUAUCGUUCGGGGCCACUAACAUGUACUCAUCGCCAUUAUCAUGUAUCGUCUCUACGUUUAGUCAGUUAAGCACUCGUACAGUCUUUGAAAGUCAUUAUUAUUGUUGCUGAAGUUCUUCACGAGCUCCUCCAAGUAUUAUGCACUUUAAAAAUAGAGCCUUAUAAUGUGGUAAACUGACAACAACAUGAAGUACUUGUCUUUGUAUAUCGAGCGCAACUGUGAACGCAUACUUUUCCCGCCCUUUUUUUCCAUGUAUAACCACGUUUGAUUUCAUACAAAAAUAUAUUUGUAAAUUGGAUAAAAAAGACACUUGCACUAAAUUGUGUACUUGUAUUAUAAAAUAAAAUGUUGGCUAUAAAUAAUUGGCUCCAUGUAAAAAUAGAACGUAAGUAUUGACAAUAUUAUGAAAAAAAAAAUGUUGCAAAAACUUUUCACUCAGAAAUUCGUAGUAAAUUUCAAAAUGACACAUUAAAUGUUAAAUUUUAAUU